AUCCCUGAUUAUAUAGUCACAGGGGAGCACUCCUCGGGUUCAAGCACUCAUCGGCGAAGCUGGUGGACGAUAGCCUUCCUCCUCACUCUCAAAUGCACGGCUUACCCAUGCCAUCAGAAAACAGAAAACGGCAUCACAGCUGUAAUGCUGAGGAAGAGCAUCUUCUGCCUCAAGCCAAGAGGAUUGCAGGCCAUCCUUUCUUGUCAGAACUAGCACAUGAUGUUUGGGACUCUGAGUCUUCCAGUAGUGAUAGCAGUUGCAUUAGCAGUCCAGAGAAGCUGACAGGAGCCGGCUCCAUCUACCAGUCUGUAGAGCAAAAUGGAAAGUGCGUCCUAGAGGAUUCCUGUAGCCCUAGCACCUCUGGUCAGUUUGGCGAAGAGGCGGCCUUCCCACUGUGCAAAGCUGAUGACUCUUACCAUCAUAUCAACCGCAUCCUUAGAGAAGCCCACUUCAACAGCCUGAAAACUCGUGGCCAGCCAGGAGCAACCUGAUCACCAUUUGCUACCCGAACAUCUACCAUCUAAUGGCAGAAAGAACGGUGCACAGGGAAUCUUUUACAAGGGAAACCUACAUCAGUGGCACAACAUGAAUCUCUCUUCACUUUGGCUUAACUGCUUUGGUACCUAUUUUUACAGCGCUUUUGCAUUUUCAUUAUCAGUGUCAGGUAUCGUUUAGAUCUCUACUUGGGUGCUACAACAUAAAAGAAAUCUCAGACAGCAUGCUAUAUGAUUGUUAAAUGUAAAUCGCUAUUCCUCAUCCUGGCAGAUGUACAUGGUGCUACAUGCUAAGUAAUACAGUCAUACAAGGUCAUAUUAAGUAAGAGAGUGUGACACAAGACGUGCAUUGUUAGUGUACCUUGUGAUGAGUAGUGAGCUAAGUGGAAAAGGUGCACAUAGAAAUUAUGCAUUUUUACUUUCUUCUUCCUAAAUACCUCUGGGAUCACAGAGAUGGUUUAGCUAAGCACAUGGGAGCAUUAAUGCAUAAUGACUUAAUAAUAGUUAUAUUACCAGUUCUAAUCUGUAUAAAUAGGAUCUGAGGGUAAGUGUGUUGUAUUUGUUUCUUUUUGAGUUUUGAAUCAUUCAGUUAGAUUAGUUUUAUCUUGUAUAUAAAAAAAGCAACUCAGGCUUUGUGGUUUCUUCCCCAUGUGCCAUGAGGUCAAAUUGGUGGCAAGUAUAUUAUUACCUUCAGUCUUUUUCUUUUUCAAUUUGCCUGUUACUUAGUGCAAACUAUUUAUGUCACGUUUGGACUUAACAUUAGCAGAAUAUCUGUAUUUAAUUAUUGGAUAAUUGUUUAACUCAGGUAUGUUGUAAUGUACCCUUCUUCAGGCACUUUUAUUAGUGGAGUUAACAAGAAAUUCAGUGACCUUUAAUUGAUGUGUCAGUGUAUUCAAAUUGAGAUGACAAUAUCAUUUUAACUCACAGAUUAAUUUGCUGAGACUGAAAGGAAUCAAUUCCUAUUGGCUUUUCUGUAUAUGAUUCAGCUGUUUCACAGGAACACAGUAAGACACCAUGGUCUAAAAUUAGUCUUCUCCUAAAAUAGCAGCCUAGGGCCCCAGUACAACUACCACUUAGUCAUAAGAGGUAUGGGAUGGUUUUAGUAUGUUUCCAUACAUGCAUAACAAGAAGUUUUUUCCCCCCAUCUAUUUAUCAUUACAAGUCCAGGUGAAUAAUGGACAAUUACCAGAAAGUGCUACUUCUUGACCACCCCAGAGUCUGCAACUUUGUAUGUAUGUAUGAUUACCUGAGGUCAUACUCGAGCUUCCACAUGAAAUGUUUGUACGAGAGUUUGUCAUUGUACAUCAAGGGUGCUGAUAUAGCUGUUAACUUAUUUGUGCAAUGAGACACUGCAGUACGUACAUGCGAAGGACCAUCGGUCCACAUGCCUAUAUAUUUAAGAACAUAUUUUUGAGAAUUACUGUUACAAUGGAAUUAAAUGCAUGUGUGCACCCUUGUAUACAAAGGUCUCUCAAGGCUACACAGAUGUUUGUGGAUCUGACCAUCAUACCCCUAUGUGCUUUUUGAACAUCCCAUUCCAGAGCCAAAAAAAAAAAAAAAGUAGUUUGCAGUGUUGUAUGUUCUGAAAUGCUUCCUCACAAAAUCAGCUGGGCAAAAUAGCUCUUAAAUGAACAAACAUGAAAUUUAUUUGAACACAUGGAGUGUGCACUCAGGCAGCAAAACAGAAAUAGACUACAAUACUCAAAUGUGAAGAAAUGUGUGUUGCUUGUAAUGUGUCUCAGGGGAAACACAUUCAGAGGGAGGUGCACGAACCCCAGCCUAUGUUUUUGAAUUGUUUUUGAGAGGGUUGCAGCUCAAAAAGGUUGAGAGCUACAGUGUAAGACUAUCAGUUUUGAUGAUAAUCAUUACAAUGACCUUCAUGUUUUGUAUGUAGAAUUGUACAUAACAUAGCUAACACAUUUACAAUUUAUAAAUGGUUAUUUUCUCAAAUGAUCUUCGUACAAUAUCAACAAUAAAAGUUUUUAAAUAA